CAGUGGGCUGGCUGCCCCAGGGCCACACCCCUGCCCUCUCUGGCGCACAAAUAAGAGACUACUUUGUCCCCACUCCUGCCACUCGGAACACUGCAACCAGAGAGGAGACCAGCAGUGGGUGACCAGGAGGAUGUCUGAGCUGGAGAAGGCAAUGGUGGCCCUCAUUGAUAUCUUUCAUCAGUAUUCGGGAAAGGAGGGAGACAAGCACAAACUGAAGAAAUCGGAGCUUAAGGACCUCAUCAACAGUGAGCUCUCCCACUUCCUGGAAGAAAUCAAAGAGCAGGAGGUUGUGGACAAAGUCAUGGAAACAUUGGAUGAAGACGGAGAUGGAGAGUGUGACUUCCAAGAGUUUAUGGCUUUUGUUGCCAUGGUGACCACGGCCUGCCAUGAGUUCUUUGAACAUGAGUGAGACCAGGAGCCACUCUUGGAGGAGCCAAGCUGUUCCUGUGGCUGACAUGAAGGUCACAAGCAGCCUUAAUAGGAUCUAAGCUUUCCAGCCACAUGUAGUUAAUUAGAAAUCUUGAUUUGCUUUGUGUAUGGCAACUUGAAAACCCUUCCCAAGGGCAAUCUUAAACUAACCAGCACAUCCCUAUUUCUGUUAUGGUGGGCAUUUCUGUGAACUGACCAGGAGCCGUGGGAAUACUCACUUGGGAAGGUCAGUGUGAGCCGUAGAGCAUGUGCUGCCCUGAUCACCACGGUCCCAGCCUCACCCAGAGGAGACAGCGGAAGCGUCUAACACAUCUGGCCCAUGUCACCUGAACAGCUGCUCUUCCUCACCAAAAAACCACCAAGGCAGCUAGUCUGACCACAUCCCUGGCCCCAAAGAGCACAGCCACACUUAAAUCUCUUUUCUCAUGGUGGUCUGUGAUGGCUCAGUAAAUAGUUAAUGGUAACAGUUCUAAAUGGAGAGAUGUCUCACAAACCAAGUACUGACGUCUUAACUGAAACCUGAACACCAGAAUUCUAUUCAGUAGAUUUCUCCUCCUAGGAUGGUGCUGGGCAGGCCCUGUGGGACAUGUGCAUAGGACCCAGGCCCAGACCUCAAGGCCUGUUUUCCCAGCUAGUCGCACUGCAAGUGAUGUUCUCUCUCAGGCCGCCUCCGCUGUCUAUAAAGCAAAUGGCCAUGAGGUCGAGGUCUAUGGGAUGAGCUGCGAAGAAGGCCCGUCACGGGUCUCUCUGCUGUUGGAUGUCAUGGAUGACCUGUUUGUGCAGAUAGCUGGCUCACGACUGGGUGAAGUUGAGAAUCAAGAAACAUGGGAAGCUACAUCUGAUGCUUUUCUAGAUCUGCAUAUUCAAAUAAACCAAGUUUCAAAUAAGGA